UGGACAGACUCUCUGCCAGUUAGCUGCCCCGGCAGAAGGGGGCGUGGCGCAGGCGCAGCAUCUGUACCAGGCGAUGUCGGCGCUGUCAGAUUCAUCGCAUUUCGAUUAAAAAUAAGGAAAACGAAGCGCAGCUGUCGCCAUGUACGGCUUCGUGAAUCACGCCUUGGAGCUGCUGGUUUUACGGAAUUAUGGCCCGGAAGUGUGGGAGGACAUCAAGAGGGAGGCUCAGCUUGACAUUGAGGGUCAGUUCCUUGUUAGAAUCAUAUAUGAGGACGCCAAAACAUAUGAUCUUGUCGCAGCUGCGAGUAAAGUUCUCAAGAUUGACGCAGGCGACAUCUUGCAGUUGUUCGGGAAGAUGUUUUUUGAGUUUUGCCAGGAGUCGGGAUACGACACGAUCCUGCGAGUGCUGGGCUCCAAUGUUCGCGAAUUCCUGCAGAACCUGGACGCGCUGCAUGACCACCUGGGCACCAUUUACCCGGGCAUGAGGGCGCCCUCGUUCCGCUGCACCGACGCAGAGAAGGGAAACAAUCUGAUCCUGCACUACUACUCAGAGAGGGAAGGCCUGCAAGACAUCGUGAUUGGCAUCAUUAAAACCGUCGCCCAGCAAAUCCACGGAACAGAGAUAGAGAUGAAGAUGAUCCAACCCAAAAGUGAGGAGUGCGACCACAUCAAGUUCCUGAUUGAGGAGAAGGACUCGGAGGAGGAAGCGUUCUACGAGGACCUGGACGGCUUCGAGGAGAACGGCACUCAGGAGACUCGGAUCAGCCCGUACACGUUCUGCAAAGCCUUCCCGUUCCACCUCAUGUUUGACAAGGACCUGAUGCUCACACAGUGUGGAAACGCCAUUUACCGAGUCCUGCCACAGCUCCAGCCUGGCACCUGUAACCUCCCUUCAGUUUUUUCCUUGGUGAGGCCUCACAUUGACUUCAGUUAUCAUGGCAUCCUCUCUCACAUCAACACCGUGUUCGUGCUGCGAAGCAAGGAGGGCCUGCUGAAUGUGGAGACAGUAGAGAACGAGGACGAGCUGACGGGGGUGGAGAUCAGCUGUCUGCGGCUGAAAGGACAGAUGAUUUACCUGCCGGAGGCAGAGAACAUCCUUUUUCUCUGCUCACCCAGCGUUAUGAACCUGGACGAUCUCACGCGAAGAGGCCUGUACCUGAGCGACAUCCCGCUGCACGACGCCACCCGGGACCUGGUGCUGCUGGGCGAGCAGUUUCGCGAGGAGUACAAGCUGACCCAGGAGCUGGAGAUCCUGACGGAUCGUCUGCAGCACACCCUCCGAGCCCUGGAGGACGAGAAGAAGAAGACGGAUAGGCUGCUCUACUCCGUCUUGCCGCCGUCCGUUGCCAACGAGCUGCGACACAAGCGGCCCGUGCCGGCGAAGCGCUACGACAACCUGACCAUCCUCUUCAGCGGCAUCGUGGGGUUCAACGCCUUCUGCAGCAAGCACGCCUCGGCCGAGGGAGCCAUCAAGAUAGUCAACCUGCUCAAUGAUGUUUACACGCGCUUCGACAUCCUGACAGACUCUCGGAAGAACCCUUAUGUAUACAAGGUGGAAACAGUGGGUGAUAAGUACAUGACGGUGAGCGGCCUUCCGGAGCCGUGCACGCACCACGCCAAGUCCAUCUGCCACCUCGCGCUCGAUAUGAUGGAGAUCGCAGGACAAGUCAAAGUGGACGAUGAACCAGUACAGAUUACAAUUGGAAUCCACACAGGUGAAGUGGUGACUGGGGUGAUUGGCCAGAGGAUGCCCAGAUACUGUCUUUUUGGCAAUACAGUCAAUCUCACAAGUCGAACAGAAACCACUGGUGAAAAGGGAAAAAUAAAUGUCUCUGAAUAUACGUAUCGGUGUCUGCAGUCUGCAGAGAACGCCGACCCUCAGUUUCAUCUGGAGUACCGGGGCCCCGUCACCAUGAAAGGAAAGAAAGACCCGAUGAAGGUGUGGUUUCUGUCCAGGAAGCCCACCGAAGAGUCCGCCUCGGCCAAAACUAAUUGACACUAGAACAUCAUGUAUUCAGAUGGUAACUGUCUAGUGAACCUUCAAGGAAAGAAAUGAUGGAGCACACGUAUAAAGACUAAUAAUUUAUCGGCCUAAAAGUAUUUGACUCCGUUUUAUUGUCUUGCUUGUUUGUGCUUCAACAUCCUCUAUCACGACGUCACUAUGUUUAUUAGUGUUAAACCAAUAGUGCAGAUUUUUAUUACUUGAUACGUUAUGCUCAAUGGAAAACAUUAUUGUCCCUGACGUCGCUACAGAUUUUGAUAAGCAAAGCGUUUUUUUCAUCUGUCUCAAUACAUAUUUAUUUUAAAACUUCACAAAAAAAGAAAAAACUGUUGUCUUUAUUAUGUCCAAUGAAAUUCACUAUAAAUAAAUAAAAUAUUUUUUCACCAGUUAAUUUUACUUUUAGGAUUUUAGCUACAUCUUGAUAUAAAGUGAAAACAAUUUUUUUUAGCAUCACAAUCUUAUACAGUAAAGAAAGCUUUCCCAUAUUAAGGCUGUUAUUAUUUAAUUAUUAUUUUAUUAUUAUUAGAUUUUAACAACUUGAUUAUACCCUGUGCAUUAAAUCUUAAAAUUGUUCAACUAAAUACAUGACAAUAUUACAUUUAAAAGUACCAGAAGUGUUUUAAUGGUCCUAUUUAUUUACAUUUACACUUGAAACUAUUUUAUUAUUUUUAUUUCUCUCUCUAGAUAAAAUAGUAAUAAUAUUAUUAUUGCUUUUCUCACUCAAUAAAGUGCAUUAGGAAUGUAUUGUUAGCAUAAUAUUGCUUUGUAUUUAUCAUUAUACUUUGUAGUAAGAAUUCUUUACCUAAAAAACACAUUUAAUUUUGUUUGGAUGCAACUGUUGCAUGUACCUCCAUCAUAUAUGAAAAGCACAGCUUUAUGUGCUCUGUUGGAUUGAGUUCACAUUAUUACACAAUAUUUUUUCCACUUUCUCUUAUGAUGUAAUUUGCAAAGAUCCUCCUUUAACCUUCCAGCUUUGUGUAAGAAACAAAAAGGUGCCUCUUGUAGCAUUUUGUGUAAUGGAUUUGCAAUGUUUGUGUUGGGAAGUAACUAAUAAAAUAGUCUUGAGAAGUG